UCAGCAUUUCGUCGAUCGGGAAGUUUUCGUCGAUCAGGAUCAAAUCGAUCAUCGAAUUUUGAAAAUUUGUUUAUGGGUAAAAAUAAAGUAUCGACAAGUCGUCGACCAAGUAUUAAUAUAGAAAAUGGACAUGUUAAUUUAAUAAAUCUUGAUGAAACAAAACGAACAGCACCACCAGUUACUGAUAGUUUUUUAAAUCAACAACAACAACAACAACAAUAUGGAAAAACAUUAAAUGUUCCAGAACCAACAAGUGUUCUUCAUGUUCUACCUCUUGUUACACCACCAGCACCACUGAAUCCACCUCGACCAGCUAUUAUGUCAACACCAAAAUCAUCAAUAAUUUGCGUUAAAAAUCCUUCAACAUCAGUUGCUUUAUCACCAACUGAAACACGUCCAUUAUUACUUGUUACUACAGAUAAUGAUCAACAUCGACCACAUACAAUGACGGUAUCUAAUGAACGUCAUUUACCAUUAAAUGGUCGAAUGGUAUCAGUUAUUUCAAGUAAACAAAGACAGCAACCAAAUACACCAUAUGAUGAUCAUCAUCAAAUGAUUAGUGAAAUAGCGGCACAAAGAAUACCACCAAGAAAACAUACAAAUAAUCGACCACGAACAGCUUUAUUUUUUACAUCAACACGAGGUCCUGAUCAAUCACCUGAACAACAUCAACCAUUAUUAGGUAGUAGUGGAAAUGAUACAAGUCGUCAUGGUUCACUUGAUUCUCAUACAUCAACUGAUGAUGGUUUUGGUGGAAAUGAUAAUUGGUCAAAUGCACCAAGACUCAUAUUAUCAUCAAAUCAAAGAACACCUGUUAAUAAUUCUAUACAAUUAGUAAAUACAGCUCAACCUCGACCACAUACAAGUAAUAAUUCUCGGCAAUUACCAUCAUUACCAAUACCUAUACGACAAUCAUCAAUAGAAGAUAAUUUCAAUUUACCAUCAUCAUAUUAUGAUAGUCAAAAUACAGAAAAUGAAGAUGAACUUUUAUCAGAAAGAUUUACACAUUCUGCAGAAUUAUAUUAUUAUCAAACUUCAUCGUCAUCA